GAUGAAGAAGGAUGCUGUCAUGCUGAGUACCUCUCAUACACACCAGUCUGAGCAUCCCGGCAACGAUUCCUCUGUAUUCUCAUAGUCCAUCAUUUAUGACAGCAUUAUACCAAAAGCCGCUCGCUUAGUUCCAGCUACAUAAGAAAAAGACACACAGGUGGCACUGCAGCUGUUGUAGUACUACUGUUGUAGAGGCGACACUUGGCUAACUAACGUUGGCUAAUUGCCCCUGCUGCUGCUAUUGUUUGUUGUUGCAGUCUCUCAUCAAACAAAUCACAGAUGUUGUAGAGCAAGCUCUUUAAGAUUUGGCUUGGUGAGGAGGAGGUGCAGAGUGGAGGGUAGGAAAGGUGGAGGCCCAGAUGAUAUGUUCAGGACUUUUUUUCCCCACGUCUGUUUUUAAAACAAUACCAUCAUACCCAUAUGUCUGUGACAGUUUCCUGAAACACUGGGGUUGUUGGUGUGGCCGAAUUUUCCCUGGAUUUGACUGGUAAAUUCAGAAUUCUGAAGCCCAGGCUCACAGUCUACCUUUCACGGAGGCCCAGCCGUGAGAGGACUGAGGAAGGCACGUGGCGGAUCAUGACGGCCGACAAAGAAAAGGAACGGGAGAAAGACAGAGACAGGGACCGGGACAAACGAGAGGCCGGGAAAUCUCGCCGGCAGGACGGUGAUCGGGGCGAGAGCGAGAGCUCGAGGCCGCGCCGCAGCUGCACGCUAGAAGGCGGGGCCAAGAACUAUGCAGAAAGCGAGCACAGCGAAGAUGAGGACAACGACAACGGUAGCACCGGCGGAGGCAGUGGCACGGCCGAGGAGGCCGGCAAGAAGGGCAAAAAGAAGAUGCCCAAGAAGAAGUCACGCUACGAGCGCACAGAAAAUGGAGAGAUUACAUCUUUCAUUACAGAGGACGAUGUUGUUUACAGACCUGGAGAUUGUGUGUACAUCGAGAGUCGGCGACCCAAUACUCCGUACUUCAUUUGUAGCAUUCAGGAUUUUAAGCUGAGUAAACGGGACCAUCUGCUGAUGAACGUGAAAUGGUACUACCGCCAGUCAGAGGUGCCCGACUCCGUGUACCAGCACCUGGUGCAGGAUCGCAACAAUGAGAAUGAUUCUGGUCGCGAGCUGGUCAUCACAGACCCGGUGAUCAGGAGUCGAGAACUCUUCAUCUCUGACUACGUGGACACAUAUCAUGCUGCUGCUCUCAGGGGGAAAUGCAACAUUUCCCAUUUCUCUGACAUUUUUGCUGCCCGGGAGUUCAAAGCCCGGAUUGACUCCUUUUUCUACAUCCUCGGAUACAACCCAGAGACCAGACGACUCAACAGCACACAGGGGGAAAUCCGAGUGGGACCGAGUCACCAAGCCAAGCUCCCAGAGCUGCAGCCUUUCCCCUCCCCUGGUGGCCAGGCCGUGACCGAGAAUGAGGAGCUGGUCUGGAUGCCGGGGGUCAACGACUGUGACCUUCUUAUGUACCUCAGAGCUGCAAGGAGCAUGGCUGCCUUUGCAGGGAUGUGUGACGGAGGAUCGACAGAAGAUGGUUGUCUAGCCGCCUCUCGAGAUGACACUACAUUAAAUGCACUUAACACUCUUCAUGAGAGCAGCUAUGAUGCGGGCAAGGCUCUGCAGCGUCUGGUGAAGAAGCCGGUACCUAAACUGAUAGAGAAGUGCUGGUCUGAGGAUGAAGUGAAGCGCUUCAUUAAAGGGCUGAGACAGUUUGGCAAAAACUUCUUCAGGAUCCGGAAAGAGCUGCUGCCCAACAAAGAAACGGGAGAGUUGAUUACCUUCUACUAUUAUUGGAAGAAGACACCAGAGGCAGCCAGCUGCAGAGCCCACAGAAGACACCGCCGCCAGCCUGUUUUCCGCCGCAUCAAGACACGAACCGCUUCAACUCCUGUCAACACCCCCUCACGCCCACCCUCAAGCGAGUUUUUGGACCUGAGCUCAGCCAGCGAAGAUGACUUUGACAGUGAAGACAGCGAACAGGAGCUGAAGGGCUACGCCUGCCGCCACUGCUUCACUACCACCUCCAAGGACUGGCACCACGGGGGCCGGGAGAACAUCUUGCUGUGCACCGACUGCCGCAUCCACUUCAAGAAGUACGGGGAGCUGCCCCCCAUCGAGAAGCCCGUGGACCCGCCACCAUUUAUGUUCAAACCCGUCAAAGAGGAAGAGGAUGGGCUUGGCGGGAAGCAUAGCAUGAGGACUCGACGGAACCGAGGCUCGAUGUCAACGCUACGUAGUGGUCGUAAGAAGCAGACAGCAAGUCCCGAUGGCCGAGCCUCGCCUAGCAAUGAGGAUCUGCGCUCCAGUGGACGCACUUCGCCGAGUGCAGCAAGUACUGACAGCACCGACAGCAAGAUGGACUCCAUGAAGAAACCAAGCAAGAAGAUUAAAGAGGAAGCUCCUUCACCUAUAAAGAGUGCCAAACGACAAAGAGAGAAGGGAGCUUUAGACACAGAGGAACCUGAAAGGGCCAGUGCCAAAAAGUCCAAGACACAGGAGCUCACUCGGCCAGACUCGCCCUCAGAAUGUGAUGGGGAGGGAGAGGGGGAGGGCGAGAGCUCUGAUGGGAGGAGCAUAAAUGAGGAGCUCAGCAGCGAUCCAAAAGACAUCGACCAGGACAACCGCAGCUCUUCCCCAAGCAUCCCCAGCCCCCGUGACAACGAGAGCGACUCUGACUCUUCAGCCCAGCAGCAGCAGCUCCUGCAGAGCCAGCAUCCCCCAGUCAUCCAGUGUCAACCUGGCACUUCAGUUGCCUCCUCAGCACCUGUGCCACCCACAACCUCAACCCCGUCUCUGCCUCCACAAGUGGCCCCCACUGCUGCCUCCACCUCUCUACCUCCUCAGCCUCUGUCCCAGACCAGCCCAAUGUCUCUCAUUCAGUCUGGAGGGUCACUUCACCCUCAGAGGCUACCGUCUCCUCAUUCGCCUCUGACUCAGGGUCCGCCUCCUGGCUCCUCUGUCCCGCCUCAGUCUUUACCCAGCCCUCACCAUGGGCCCAUGCCCCCCAUGUCACAUCCACUACAGCCAGGUCCUCCACACAUGCCGCAUCCUCAUGCCAUGACCCCUCAGGGAUUCCCUGUGGCUCCCUCUCAAGUCCCGCCCCCAAUCGUCUCUGGCCAGUCACAGCAGAGGUCUCACACUCCUCCUCCUCCUCAGUCCCAGCCAUCCUCACAGAGUGGAGGCCAGCCUCCCAGAGAGCAACCCCUGCCCCCUGCACCCAUGCCCAUGCCUCACAUCAAGCCCCCUCCAACAACCCCCAUCCCUCAGAUAGCCACCCCACAGUCUCACAAACACCCACCUCACGUGUCUGCGCCUCCGUUUCCUCAGAUGCCUUCAAACCUGCCUCCACCUCCUGCCCUAAAGCCCCUCAGCUCUUUAUCCAACCAUCAUCCUCCAUCAGCACAUCCCCCUCCCCUCCAGCUGAUGCCUCAGGGGCAGCAGCUCCAACCUCCACCGGCUCAGCCUCCAGUUCUCACCCAGUCCCAGAGCCUCCCGCCUUCGGCCAGCCACCAGCCUCCCCCACCACCUCCUCUCCCACCCCCCACAGUGGCCUCACAUCCCAGCGGUGCACCACCUUUCUCCUCACAUCCUUUCAGCACAGUUCUACCUCCAAGCGGCCCUUCUCCUUCCUCGUUGAACUCUAUGCCUGGCUUACAGCCACCGUUGUCGUCUUCUUCUGCCCCAUCCUCUUCCAUCUCCAUGCCACUCCCUGCCUCGAUCAGCUGCGCUCCCCCCACCCAGGCGGUCCCGCCUGUACACAUCAAAGAGGAGCCUCCAGAUGAGUCCGAAGAGCCGGAGAGCCCGCCUCCCCCACAGAGGAGCCCCUCCCCGGAGCCCACUGUUGUCAAUACGCCCAGCCAUGCCAGCCAAUCAGCACGGUUCUACAAGUACCUGGACCGGGGUUAUAACUCGUGCGCUCGGACAGAUUUCUACUUCACUCCGCUGGCUUCGUCUAAGCUGGCCAAAAAGAGAGAAGAAGCUCUGGAGAAAGCAAAGAGAGAAGCAGAGCAGAAAGCGAGGGAAGAGAAGGAGCGGGAAAGGGAGAAGGAAAAAGAAAGAGAAAGAGAACGUGAGCGGGAGAAGGAGGUGGAGCGUGCAGCAAAAGCUUCCAGUUCUGCUCAUGAAAGCAGAAUGGGUGAGCCCCCGAUGGCCGGCCCCGCUCAUAUGCGUCCCCCGUUCGACGGCCCCCCGACUACGAUUGCAGCCGUGCCACCUUACAUCGGCCCCGACACGCCCGCCCUGCGCACCCUGAGCGAGUACGCCAGACCCCACGUCAUGUCCCCCACCAACAGAAAUCACCCGUUCUUUGUCUCCCUCAACCCAGCUGACCCGCUGCUGGCAUAUCACAUGCCAGGCCUAUACAACGCCGACCCGGCCAUGCGGGAGCGGGAACUGCGGGAACGGGAAAUGCGGGAGAGGGAGAUCCGUGAGCGCGAGCUUAGGGAAAGGAUGAAACCAGGUUUUGAAGUCAAACCCCCGGAAAUGGACUCACUCCAUCCUUCCACAAAUCCCAUGGAGCACUUCGCCAGGCACGGGGCCCUCACCUUACCUCCCAUGGCCGGCCAUCACCCCUUCGCCUCCUUUCAUCCGGGCCUGAACCCACUAGAGCGUGAACGGCUCGCCCUCACGGGGCCCCAGCUUCGGCCAGACCUGACCUACCCAGAGAGGUUGGCUGCAGAGAGGCUCCACGCUGAGAGGAUGGCCACGGUGGCCAACGACCCCAUCGCCCGUCUACAGAUGUUCAACGUCACGCCACACCACCACCAGCACUCGCACAUCCACUCCCACCUCCACCUCCACCAGCAAGAUCCUCUCCACCAAGGUGGUGGUGAAUGUCUUGUAUGUCCUCCAGGUGCGGGGGCCCACCCGCUGGCCGUAGAUCACCUGGCAGCCGGACCUCACCUGGCACGCUUCCCUUACCCACCCGGCGCCAUUCCUAACCCUCUCCUGGGCCAGCCGCCACACGAACAUGAGAUGCUGCGCCACCCGGUCUUCGGUGCUCCAUACCCACGGGACCUACCAGGAGGUCUACCACCACAGAUGUCCGCUGCCCACCAGCUGCAGGCCAUGCACGCCCAAUCGGCAGAGCUCCAGAGACUGGCGAUGGAGCAACAGUGGCUCCACGGGCACCAUCACAUGCAUGGGGGACCUCUGCCUGGUCAGGAGGACUACUACAGCCGACUGAAGAAGGAAAGUGACAAGCAGCUGUAACUAACCGGAGGGAGACGCCGACUGACGAGUGCAGGACACAGGAAGUUGUCACAAAAGCAGCGGUCUUGGAGGCUCCUCAUGAACCUCUAAACAACUUCAGUCUUGAAGAACAGAAAAAGGGCCAAGCAGACCUUCUGAUUUUCUUCAGUUUCAGUUCCCGUCAAGAACGUUUAAUUUUCUUUCCUUUUUCCUUUAUUUUACUUUUCAAGACAUUGACUUUCUUUGGUAUAUAACCAGUAGUGACAACAUCCUCAAGACUCCUGCAUGACAAGCUUCCCUGAUGUUUUGUAGGUGCUAGAACAAGACACUGUGCUUAUCAAGAAAAAAAGGAGAAAAAAUAAAGACCUGUCAGACCAUUUAUGGAAAAAUAACAAGUGCUAUCUUAAAUUCAAUGUUUAUUUUAAUACAUUGUUGGAAGUUUUUCAUAAUUUUACGAAAAGCUACAGCAUGGCGUUUUUCAGUCUGUAAAUAGUAUAUAUAAACAUAUAAUUAUAAUUAUUAUUAUUAUUAUUAUUACUAGGUGUGGACUCCAAGUCGUUUCAGCCUCCAAUAUAACUUGUUUUGAAGCAUUAUCCCCUGUUUAAGAGGGGAGCACCAUGGCAUUAUACAAGCAGUUUCUGAAAGUUGCGGUUCGGUUGUGACCUCACUGUGUUAGAUUUAGUCCCACAUACGCUCGUAUGUGAAACCAUGACCCCCGUCACGCCCUCCGCAUCCAUCCAUCCCUCCAUCAGCUGUUACGCGCAGCGGGUUGUCAGAUUUAACGUGUUGAGUUACUGAAACACUUGAAGAGGCAGCGGAUUAAAAAGGAGAACUUUUGCACUGAGUGAGCAUCCUGGAGCUCUGCUAAAAUGGUCUUAUCCCUUUUCGUUUGUAUUUAAGUCAACAGGAGGAGCAGUACACCAUCGCUGUCUGUUGGGUUUUAACAGAAUUGGUUUUAAUUGUGCUUUUAGUGACACGGACCAAUUUUAAGCCAAAUUGGAGGCAGUUUCUUUUCUUUUUUUUUUUCAAAUUAACCUUAGAAGCUAAGGGAAAUUAUUGAAUACUAGUUCAAGACCUGCUACACAUGAAAUAUCAGGAAACCGCUUUAAUAGGACCUGUCUGACACCAUGAAGUAGGCCAAAAAAAAAAUGAAAAGGAAUCUAUGAUCUGAAGAAAUUCAAGACCUGACCUGAAGUCCCUUUUUGCCAUCUCCUGGGUUUCUGCUGACCACCAGGAGGCGUGGGGAUCGUUUUGUCCAUGUUUUCAUCAUAUGCCUUGUUUUUAUGUUUUUCUAAAGGACACACCCAGCUUGUCGGUGUUCGGGAGUGUUGCUUGUGUGUGCCACUGACUGUUACAUGUCACAUUAGUGCGCAAGCCCAAGUUUUUUAUUUGUUUAUGUUUAUUUGCUUUUUUCCCAUGCACUAAGACUGUCAUGAACAUAUAAAAAAAACGGUGGCUUUUUCUUAUAUGUUUUUGUUUUAACCAGUUGAAGAAACUGUACCUGCAUUAAAAGUGACCACAUCUUUCCCAUUGAGCACUAUAUUUUUAUCUAAAUGCCUGCAAAAUUCAAACUUACAGAAAGACUUUGAAACGCUGACAACUGCCUGUCACUCCAUCUCACCAUUUCCCAUCUUUCUCUCUUUCUCUUAUCAUCUUCAUCAUCCUCCCUUCUCUCCUUUUAUUCCCUCUUUUUUGUGUCUCCAAAGCCUUUGAUGUUAAGUGUUGUCAAUGGUUUAGCUUCUUGUUUCAAAGCGGCAAUAGCAGAAUGUAAAUUCUGACUGCUAAGAUUUAUAUAUAUACUGGUAUCUUGAAGCUUAUUGUAUAUAUGAGUAGUCACCAUGGGAUGACACAAUGUAAAACAAAAAGUAGAAAUAAUAAGAAAAAUUGUGAGUCCUGUGUUCUCUCCAUUUGAGUAUUUUGUAAUUUUUUUGAAAAAUUUGUGGAAUUAAAAUAAACGAAUGAGUUACACCACA